AGACGUAUAAAAGCAGCUACACUGAUCAAUCGACGCCAGAUCUCGAGUUAUCUCAGACAGUGAAGACAAUGACACGGCUAAUAGCUUACGUUGUGGCGACCAUCAGUAUCGCGCUGAUGUGCGUUCUCGCAGAAGAAGAGAAAUAUACUGAUAAAUACGAUCAUAUCGAUGUUAUUAGUAUACUCUCAAACGAGAAACUGCGACUUCAAUAUUACAAAUGUUUUAUGGAAAUUGGACCAUGUAGAACAGCAGAUGCGAAAUUUCUUAAAGAAGUUUUCAGUGAAGCUUUCCAAACUAAAUGCAAAAGAUGUACUGAUAGACAAAAAGAAAUGUUGGAUGAAAUAGUUGGUUGGUACACAGAGCAUCAACCCGAAGAAUUUAAAACUAUUAUUGCGAAGACCGUGGAAAGUUUAAAACAAAAGAAUGCUGAUCGAUAAUUAUGAUGAAUAAACGCGAACAGAAUUGAUUCGACUACGAUAAGAAACUUUACUAUUUAUACUAUAAAAUAUUUACACAAUAUUUAAUUAUCAAAUCUGUAUAGAUCUUUGGCUUUAUAUUCAAAAAAUAUGAUUGUUACAUGGUUGUAUUUUGUGGUAUUAUAUUGCGGAAAUAAAAUGUAGAAAUGUAUUCUUUAA